AUGUCGACACGUAGAAGCACGCGCGCCGCGAGCAGUCGUGCGGAAUCCCCGCCUGCUGCCCCAACUCCUCAGCGCCGUACUGCUAGAAGAGCAGGAAAUGUUCAGUUACCAGCAGUCAACCUUCGCGCCAGCACUGCUUAUGGCACCAACACCACUCCAUUAAUGUCCGGCCGGAGUGGCCAUGAAGGCAACAGACAAGUGAACGACGUUCUUCACACUCUGCUUGCCCCCAAAACCAAGAAUGAUGAUAAAGCAAGUACCGCUACUGGUCGCAGUGGUAGAGGUCGCCGUAGCGGUCCAUCCCGUGGUGACAACUUAGUUGAAAUCGAUCCCAAUCGGACCUAUGGUGUUGAAGAUAGUGUUUUUCGAAAUGCAGGUUUUGAUACUUCUUCAAUUGACCAACCAAGCGACUUUAUUCAUGAUGAGCCACAGGUGGAAAUACCGCAGCCAGACCCGAUCUUUGAAGAUCCUCAUAUUCACCACCGCCAUCAACAACAGCAAUCCGCCCAGAGAGAGGAGCGCCUUCAGCAUUUACAAAACAGAUGGAAGUUUGAAACUCCAGGAGCCCCGUAUUGGGUCACAGAUUCUAUAAAUUGGACUAAAGAGUUAUUCUCUUCCUUCCUGAAUCUUGCAGCCUUUCUACUGCACAAACUUUCGAGCAAAUGGACUCUGGGACUCUUAGCCGCGCUUCUGUUUUUACUUUUCGUACGAGCUUCUGAAGCUCCCGAAAUCAGUUACGACUUUGAAGAUACAGAGGACUCGAUUCUGUCACGCUUCCAUCGGCCUACUGUUGAAGUGCCUUAUUGGCUCAAACACCCAUGGAACGCGGCUAAAAUUAAGAUUAGCCCAGACGAUGUCCAAGAACUCUCCACCCAAAUACUCACCACACAAAAUGACGUUGACGCUCUUAAGAAGCAAAAUAAGCUAGCUCACCAAACAAUUACAAAACUCAGGAAUUCCCUUCCCAAUUAUGUUGCCAUAAGGAGAGAUAGCAACGGGCACCUGCAAAUUCCGUCUGAUUUUUGGCAGGCUAUGAAAGACUUGAUCAUAUCAGAUCCUGAAUUACAUCCCAACGAAGAGCCGGAGAAAUCGACGGGAGUUACUACCAAACAUUCUGACAAGGGCUCUGGAAAGGCGUUCGAUGACUGGUUGACCUCUAACCGGGCCAAGGUUACUACUUGGACGAACGCCGAGCUGGAAAAGCGUUUCCCUAGUCUUAUGAAGGACAACAUCGUCGUGGCUAAGGAGGAAAUCAUUGAUAUGAUUCGUGAGAACUGGAAGGACAACCAGAAAGCGAUACAGGCAGAAUACACCACCAUUACGAAGAAUAUGGACCAGCAGCAACGCCAGAUCAACAAAUUGCUCCAAGAAGGCGGCCAAAACAAACAACAGAUUAAGGCUUCGGUCCAGAAAUAUCUGAAAGAACUCCUUCCAGCUGCCCAGCUGGAGGCUCAAAGCAGGGCCAACAUCAAGGCCAGCGCUAAUUGGGGCAAUACUCGGGUCAAUCACUGGUCCCAUAAGACAGGAGCUACAAUCGACAUCAACCCCACGUCCAAAAAUUACCAGUUCCCGAGCACAAAACUAAAUAUCUUCCGAAGGGCCUACCGAUACGCCAUCAGGAACCCUCCCCCAAUCCCAAAUCCACCAGAAGCAGCACUCACUUCGUGGGAGGAACACGGAGACUGCUGGUGCACACAUGCUGGUGGCCUCGACGGCCUCGGAGGCAGCAUCGCUGUUACUUCAGGCGCUAGCAUUUACCCAGAGCAAGUCGUCGUUGAGCACAUUGCACCUACGGCAUCUCUUCAACCAGGAGCAGCUCCAAGAGAAAUGGAGUUAUGGGCCUACAUUCACGACUUCGAUAUUUAUGAUACGGUGAAGAUACUAUCAACACAGAUGUUUCCACCCGAGUCUCGCGCGGUCGAGGCACAGCAAACACUUGGAUACGUCCGAAUUGCGACUUGGACAUAUGAUAUUGAAUCUACAGAAAACAUUCAGGCCUUCCCGGUUCAGCUUGAUUUAAAGGCAUUCUCGGUGCACACGAAUAAGCUGAUAAUUCGUGCGAAGAAUAAUUGGGGAGAGGGGAAAGUCGAGUAUACAUGCUUGUACCGCUUACGGGUGCAUGGGGAGAUUGGUGCAUCGCCGGGCUUUUGA